AUGAUUAAUGAUCCUGAUAUGCUUGCUGUAGAGAAGCUUUACGCAAUCAAGGAGGCAGUUGCAGAUAGAGUAGAGAUGCACAGGAAUAUAGGGGAGCAAAGAAGCCAGUGGAACAGUAUGCUUUUGACAUCCAUUAAUGGCAUAAUUCUAGCUGCUGCUACAAUGGUUGGAGUUGCAGCUAUUAGUGGUGAUUCUGUUUUGGGACUAAAAAUGUCUUCUACUUUGUUGUAUUUGGCUGCUACUGGCAUGUUGAUUAUCAUGAACAAGAUUCAACCAUCCCAGCUUGCUGAAGAACAAAGAAAGGCAACAAGGCUGUUUCAAGAUUUCUAUAACCAAAUCGAAACAACUUUAUCAAUCGGUCACCCUUCUGAUAUUGAUGUCAAAGGAACGAUGGACAAAGUAUUGGCUCUUGACAAGGCCUACCCACUUCCUCUUCUUGGAGUAAUGCUUGACAAAUUUCCGUCUUCUGUUCAACCUGCUGUUUGGUGGCCCCAACAGCGUCAAAGACAACCCAAAAGGGUCAGCGGCAAUGGAAAUGACUGGAGCAGAAAAUUGGAGGAGGAUAUGAAAGAAAUAAUGGGUGUGUUGGGCAGAAAGGACCAAGAAGAAUAUAUUAGGCUGGGUAAAAAGGCCAUAAAAUUGAACAAGUUUUUAGCCAUCUCUGGUCCUUUACUCACAGGCCUAGCAGCGAUUGGCUCUGCAUUUGUAGAUUCUUCUCCUUCUCAUGGAUCUUGGGCAGCCAUGCUGGGAAUUGUUGGUGGCGCAUUAGCAAGCGUUGUUAACAUGGUUGAGCAUGGGGGACAAGUUGGAAUGGUAUUCGAAAUGUACAGGAGUAACGCUGGUUUCUUCGAGUACAUGCAACAAUCAAUUGAAUCAAACUUGAGGGAAACAGACAUUGAAAGAAGAGAAAAUGGUGAAGUGUUUGAAAUGAAGGUGGCUUUGAAGUUAGGGAGGAGCUUAUCAGAUCUAAGAAAUCUUGCUGCUUCUUCUUCAUUGAAAGCUGAUGAUUUGGACGAGUUUGCAAGCAAGCUUUUCUGA